GAGGAGUAGCUGUUGCAGUAACAACAUCCUGGAUAUUGGAGGCUGGCGGCGCACACAGCUACAGAAAUAAAGGAGGAACGAAGACAUAACGGAGGCGGUGGUACUCAUCGCGAAUGCUUCACUGUACAGAAACAGGGACAUGAACGUGAACUUGGCAACUUUUGGGCGUUAAUGGUGGAUUUACGGUGUAUGGCGCCGAUUUAUCCCGCGGCACCGACAAGGUGAUGCAGCAGCGGCAGGACGGGAUCAGUCCGCUACACGGCUGCCUGCUGAAUGCCUUUACUGGAGGAAAAAAGGCGCAGCACACGUCCAGCGCAGGCCGGCUUGAGCUUUUAUUAAAAUAGGGCAUUAUGUAGAGGGGAUUACCCAAGGUUUACGAUACACCCGUGGUUUACUUGUGUUAUUGUAUCGGCUCUUGAUAUCGCUCUCCGCUUCAGAUACGCUGCCACGGCAUCAAGCGGACCAGGCCUAUGCUGUGCUGAACCUCCGUCCGCGACACUGAUAUUUUCCGCUGUACGCGCGUGAUGUGACGGCAACUUUUAUCGUUUACGCCAAUAACGGAAGCUCGUGGUGAUUAAGUCUUGUGAUUGGUAUCCGGUCGGCCAGAUUUUGUUAUGUUUACUUGGGUUGCGAUACUGUUUUGUGUAUUCUGACUGCCAGUCCCUUAUCGAUAGCAUAUCGUUGUUUUUGCUAGUUUAAGAUAAAUAUUUCGUUUAACGGGCGGUGAGGGCGGACUGGCCGUUUAUCGUAAGAUAACGAUUCGACCCAGCCCGCCUUGACACCGAGAAGCGUUUGGAUCAAAGCGAGGAUCAUGGAUCAGAAUGAUAAAAAGACCCUCACGAGCAAGUGGAAGCAUCUGUGAUCUACAGGACACAACUCUUUAUUUCUAUGAGAUAAGCAGACGUUCGGGAGUAACGCUUCCACCGCAAUGAGAUAAUAGUGUGGCUUGCGCGAAAACAGCCUUGACCCUUAUCCCUCCAUAUUCCAGUCGAUCAUCAAAAUAUGACCACGCCGGCUCUCUUGCCGCUCUCGGGACGUAGGAUACCUACUCUCUCGCCAGGUGCCUCCUCAUUCCCCCAUCACAGAGCCACCUUACGGCUCUCAGAGAAGUUCAUCCUCCUCCUCAUUCUCAGUGCCUUCAUCACCUUGUGCUUUGGAGCCUUUUUCUUCCUCCCGGACAAUUCCAAACACAAGCGCUUUGACUUUGGUUUGGAGGACGUGUUGAUACCGCACAUCGAGACCGAGAAGGAGUCGAGGCAUGGCAGUAGACAGGUCAUACAUGGUGUGGGAGCUCACGACGAGCAUCGGCACAGGGAGGAAGAGGAGAGCCUUCGUGACAAGAUCCGAGCAGAUCAUGAGCGGGCGCUGCAGGAAGCCAAGGAAAAGCUCCGCAAAUCCAAAGAGGAGCUGAAGGCAGAGAUCCAGACAGCGAAGGCCAAGGUAUCUGAGGACCUGAAGAAGAAAGACGGGCCCAAACCACUGCCUCCAGUGCCCAUGCCCAAACUAGUAGGGGUCAACGAUGGUGACCCAGGGGACCCUGACACCAAGGAGAAGAGGGACAAAAUCAGAGAGAUGAUGAAGCAUGCGUGGGACAGCUACAGACAAUACGGCUGGGGCCACAAUGAGCUCAAACCCCUCGCCAAGAAAGGACAUUCCACCAACAUCUUCGGUAAUUCCCAGAUGGGGGCCACUAUAGUAGACGCUCUGGAUACGCUUUAUAUAAUGGGCCUUCAUGACGAGUUUAAAGAUGGCCAGGAGUGGAUCGAGCAAAACCUGGAUUUCAGUGUGAACGCAGAAGUAUCUGUCUUUGAGGUCAACAUCCGCUUCAUUGGAGGCCUUCUGGCUGCGUACUACCUCUCUGGACAGGAGGUUUUUAAGCUAAAGGCUGUCCAGCUGGCGGAAAAACUGCUUCCUGCCUUCAACACCCCGACGGGCAUCCCUUGGGCCAUGGUCAAUUUAAAGAGCGGAGUGGGGCGUAACUGGGGAUGGGCGUCAGGUGGAAGCAGCAUUCUGGCCGAGUUUGGGACGCUCCACAUGGAGUUUGUGCAUCUGACAUAUCUGACAGGAAACCCUGCCUACUAUCAGAAGGUGAUGCACAUACGGAAGCUGCUGGCUAAAAUGGACAGACCCAAUGGGCUUUACCCGAACUAUCUGAACCCGCGCACAGGGCGCUGGGGCCAGCAUCACACAUCUGUUGGUGGGCUGGGUGAUAGUUUCUAUGAAUACCUCCUGAAAGCCUGGCUGAUGUCUGACAAAACCGAUGCCGAGGCUCGCAAGACCUACGACGAUGCCAUCGAGGCCAUCGAGCGCCACCUCAUCCGUAAGUCUAACGGGGGCCUUACUUUCAUCGGGGAGUGGAAAAACGGCCACUUGGAGCGCAAGAUGGGUCACCUGACCUGCUUUGCUGGCGGCAUGUUUGCCCUUGGGGCUGAUGGCUCACCAGAUGAUAAAGCUGGACACUACCUGCAGCUCGGGGCAGAGAUUGCUCACACCUGCCACGAAAGCUAUGAUCGCACUGUGCUAAAGCUCGGUCCGGAGGCCUUCAAGUUUGACAGCGGACUGGAGGCUGUGGCUGUGAGACAGAACGAGAAAUACUACAUCCUGAGGCCAGAGGUCAUCGAGACGUACUGGUACAUGUGGAGAUUCACCCACGAUCCCAAAUACAGGCAGUGGGGCUGGGAAGCAGCGCAGGCUAUAGAUAAGCACUGUCGAGUGAGCGGAGGUUUCUCUGGUGUGAAAGACGUCUACUCCUCCAAUCCCACCUAUGAUGACGUCCAGCAGAGCUUCUUCCUGGCUGAAACGCUCAAAUAUCUGUACCUGCUGUUCUCCAGUGACGAGCUGCUUCCUCUGGAGAACUGGGUGUUCAACACGGAGGCUCAUCCUCUGCCCGUCCUGCACCUGGGCAACAUCACCCUGCCGGGCAGCGAGAGCCAGCGGUAGAGAGGACAGACAGGGGGGCGCUCUCCCCCUCAACCGCCCCUUUACUGAACACCUCCCUCCUCCUGAAAGACAGCAGAGGAGAGAACUGAACCCCACAACCACUGUCUCCUCCUGCACUGUGAAUCAUGGGACUGCAGUGAACGCAGGAGACCCCAUCAUGUCUCUCUAUCUCUCUCUCUCUCAUGUAUUCUCUGAACGACAAACUGGUGGAUUGAUCAAUUAGCGGACAAAAAAGACGCGCGUUUCUCACCAGGGAAGGAUUUUAUCAAGAUUGUUCUAUUUGUUUUUCUCCAGUUUGGUGGCGUUUCAUGACUUGGUGGAUGAAUGCUUUUCGGACCAGCCUCUUUCGCUUUCCGAGACGGCAGAUGUGGCCUCCUGUGAUUUCCUUUUCUGGGCACACGGGGAUGUUCAGGAUUUCUUCUCAACGUCUCGUUCUUGAGGUUAGCGGGUAAAUUAUGGACAUGUGCUGCUGUCGAACAGCUGUGAAAUCUUCACCACCGUCAUUCCAGAAAUCCUGCGCUUUCAGUGUUUCUCCAUUCACGUCUUCUCCUCAGAAAGUACUGCUUUCUGAUUGGUGGAUGGGUUUGUUUCGGCUCUCUAUGAAUCAGUAACACUUGAAGCAGAAGUCGCAGCUCUUUCAAUGCUAAUGCUAUCGGUUGUCACCAUUUGUUUUCAUUUGUCAAUAGUGCCGCUUUGUUAGACCAGACCAGAUUUUUUUUUCAGCAGCUGAGAUUCACCACUAAUCAUAGCCAACGAGAUAGAGAUUUAUAUAUUAUAAAUAUAUGGGGUUUAGAGUUCAGAAAAUACACUGUGUGUGUGUGUGUGUGUGUGCGUGUGUGUACAAGAAGCUCAGAGUCGGUAAAACACAAACUAGAUAUUUUGCAUACAACUUAACAACAAUGCCAAUGAUGUAGGUUUUGUCACGGGACGAAUGAUGUUCAACUGCGGUCGUUUGUUUUAUUUUCAGGUUGUCAUUCCAGUUUCUGGUUUUCAUUAAAAGCUAAAGCAUAUCUCUGAAGAUCUCAUGUGAGUUUUAGCGUGACUUAUUCCCUGAUGUGUUUUCUCAAACACCGACUCCUGACAUCAGAUGAGUUUGAGCAAACACAACCUGCAGCCAGUCCUAAUCAAGUAUUUCAUUUGCUUUUAUUUAUUUAUUUCUUUUGGCUUAAUAGACCUUUAAUGAAUAUUGAUUCAGUCUCUUUUUGAAGACGCUUUCAGCCUUAUUCUGCUCUUUUUUUUAUUUUCAAGUGUGUAAAAUGGCACAUUCACAGAACAUGUAGUCCACACGCAGAAGGAAAAGCUGAUUAUUUCCUCUAAGCUCUGUUUGAGGAUCAAUCCAUCUCAAAGCACCGUUGAUGAGAUGCUGGGUGCCAUCGAUCAGCUCUUUUUCUCUCUUUGCUUUCAGUUCCUGUCUGAAGGAGACCCGUGUGUGCUCUCCUCUCCUCUAGGUGGCAGCAGUGGCGUCCGAAGUGUGUCAUUUCAGUUCUUUUCUCCCACAGUAACAUGACUUUGACUAAUGGUGAGUGAAGCCCAGGCAAACGCUCUUCCCUGUUGUUACUGGGUGGGUUUUGAAAAAGCUGUGUUCUGUAUUUGUAUUUUUACUGAACAAAGAAGACAACAAAAUAUUGUAAAUAUGUUUAAAAGGACACAAAUUCAAUAAAGAUGUUACAAAAAAGUGAACAGGAUAAAGCAAA